AAAAUUUAAUUUUAUUUGAUUUUGAAAAAUAUUUUUUUUAAUGUACUGUUGGAAAAGGCCAGGAAAACGAACCUCGACUUGAUCCGAUUAUAAUCAAUGCCAAUAAUUAUAAUUAUAGGCAUUGGGCAUAUUUAAAAAUGACCCCUUGGAAAUCCACUCAGAUUUUCUUAAAAAAAAAAAAAAAGAGUAAUCUUUGGGAAUUCUACUACUUUUUUUGUUUCUUUCGCCUACGCCUAAAUUCAUAAUUCCGGCCCCGUAGCAAUCCAAAAUUAGUUUACAGACCAAAAUUUCAAGUACCAUUAGCUUCUUCCGCCCGCGUUUGGCAACGCGUUUUUUUGCCUGCGGGAUUUCAUUGUCUGUCCACUGUGCGUUUUCGUCCAACGAAGAAUAAGAAGAAGAGCAGCGCUGCAAACAGCUGAUGUCGAUAGCGAUUGUUGCACAAACUAUCGUUUUUGUAUCAUCCUGGGUGGAAUUUUUCCAGAUUUUCCGCAGACAUUCGAGGGCAUUAUCUUAAAAAAUCGGUGGAUUUAAAAAUAAUAACAUCAAGUGUUUAUAAUAGUGGGAAGAAGAAGCACAGCGACAACGAGAGAAGAGCAGAAGCAGCGAGAAACACACGCACGCACACAGCCAAACACACAAAUUACGUGCAGAGCGCAAUCUGUUCCCCCAUUUCCAACGAAAAUAAGCAAACGAUAGUCGGAAAAGCAGCACACAAUUACGGCGCAUUUCGUACGGCAAUAAGGAAAAGCCAAAGAAAUCUUCUCCAGAAGAUCCGGCCGCAACAACAUCAACAAUUCGUCGAAUCUGCACCAGCAGAGGAAGAGCACGAAGAAGAAGCACCCAAGCGGCCAGCUGAGCAGUGUAGAAGCAUAAGGGGGAAGGGAAACGGAGCAUAAAGGUAGCAGAAGGAGCAGGUAAAAGAGGAGGCGGAGAGCAGCAGGAUCAGGAUCAGGAGCUGGGCUUAGCCACCAUGAGCAUGGUGCGGCGGAUUAUCCUGCUGGGUCCCAAAUACAGUGUCUGGGCAAAGGGUAGCGGGGUUGGACACACACAACGCUCGACUCGAUGUGUCAUUUUGAGCACUCGGAAUUCAGAAGAUGGAGUAUCGGGUGUACGGCGCUUUCACUUGGCCACACGCCACUGCGCCCUCAGUCGGCAAGUCAGACUCGAGCCGGCUAUGGCCGUACCGGCAUACAUUGACAUAACCAACGCCACAAGCAGGACGCCAGAGGAUUCCGGUGAAAGCGGUCGGUCUGGAGGCUCCACUAAGUCAGGAAGCCCCAGCUCCGGAUCGGAAUCUGGUUCCAGUGCGAGUACAUCCAGUAGCGGCACCGAUCCCCCUGGCAGCGGAAGUGGUGGAAGCGGUAGCGACAAGUUCCUCUCGUGUCCGAAAUGCGGUAGCGCCUGCACCCAAGUGGAGACGUUCGUUAGCUCGACAAGGUUUGUCAAGUGCGCCAAGUGCAACUACUUCUUUGUGGUUCUGUCUGAAGUGGAGACCAAGCAGCGGGCCAAGGACGAGCCAAAGAAUCAGCGAAAGCCACCUCCACCGCCGCAGAAGAUCAUGGAGUAUCUGGACAAGCAUGUGGUUGGGCAAGACUUUGCCAAAAAAGUUCUAGCGGUAGCUGUCUAUAAUCAUUAUAAACGCAUCCACCAUAACCUGCCGCAGCUCCAGCAACAGGGCAGUGCAAGUGGCAGUGGAGCCGGCAGUGGCGGUUUGGAUGGAAUUCCACGACCCGACCUUUUGCACAUCACCGGAAUCGGUCAUACAUUAAAUAGCACGCCGGGUAACGAGCUGCCGCCCAAGUCGCCCUCCCAGAUGGGUCUGGGUGGCGGACUGGGCGGAUCCGGACUCGGCGGAGGCUUGUCCAGCGCUUCUAGCAACUCCCGCGGCGGUGGCGGUGACAACCGAGCUGGCUCGGAGAUUUUGGACCGACAAUCCAACGAUGUCAAACUGGAAAAGAGCAACAUCAUAAUGCUUGGCCCGACCGGAUCGGGCAAGACGCUGAUCGCCCAAACCAUAGCCCGCUGCUUGGAUGUGCCCUUCGCGAUCUGUGACUGCACCACGCUGACGCAGGCUGGAUAUGUCGGUGAGGACAUCGAGAGUGUCAUUUCCAAGCUGUUGCAAGAUGCAAACUACAAUGUGGAGCGCGCUCAGACGGGCAUUGUCUUCCUGGACGAGGUAGACAAGAUCGGCGCUGUUCCCGGAAUCCAUCAGCUUCGCGACGUUGGCGGUGAGGGCGUUCAGCAGGGCAUGCUGAAGAUGCUUGAGGGUACAGUGGUUAAUGUGCCAGAACGCAAUUCACCUCGAAAAUUGCGCGGGGAGACAGUUCAAGUGGAUACCACAAACAUCUUGUUCGUUGCCUCGGGAGCCUACACAGGGCUGGACAGGCUCAUUGCUCGACGCCUCAACGAAAAGUAUUUGGGCUUUGGCAUGCCUUCGACCAGUGGUUCUGGACGACGAGCCGCUCAGUCAGCCGCCAGUCCCAUGGAUAACGAUCAGGAAGAGCGUGAUAAAUGCCUGACGAAAGUCCAGGCUCGUGAUCUCGUCGAGUUCGGCAUGAUUCCGGAAUUUGUUGGGCGUUUUCCAGUUAUAGUGCCUUUCCACAGCUUGAACAUCAGCAUGCUAGUUCGCAUCCUCACCGAGCCACGAAAUGCCCUCGUACCACAGUAUAAGGCACUGUUAGGACUUGAUGAUGUGGACCUAACCUUUACCGAUGAUGCGGUUAAAUCAAUUGCUCAGCUUGCAAUGGAAAGACACACCGGUGCUCGAGGACUGCGCUCCAUAAUGGAGCAACUGCUGUUGGAUCCGAUGUUUAUAGUGCCUGGCUCGGACAUCCGAGGGGUUCACAUAACCGCCGAUUAUGUUAAGGGCGGCUCAACGCCGGUUUAUAAUCGGGAAACUGACACGACGGCAUCAGGAUCAUCCGCCACGGACUCUGAGACCACAAACGAUAAUGAUAAGAACUUUGAGGAUAGUGAAAAAUCUUCGUUUAAUGAUAAAUUGGUUGGUUCGUCGUAGCUCCCUUUCCCGAGCCCCAUCAAUCUGUAAAUUAUGCCCCGAUGAGGAGUAAAUGAACCUCCCAUAUAUAUAUUUAUAUACAAUCCCAAUCCAAAUGCAUCUGUGAUUCAUUAUCGACGAGCAGCGCAAUCUUUUGAGUCCGAAGCAGUUGUAAGCAGAAAAACGAAUCCUAUAAAAAAUUCAUAUGAAUAAGAAGGUGAAUAAACAUUUUUUUUAAAUCUGGUA